UGCUCCUGAAGGCAGCCUAACUUGAUCCUGAACAGAAGCAACAGCAGCUGUUGUUCAGGUCAGAGACCUUCCGCGUGUCCACCUGAUUGCAGGUAAUCCUCAGGAGUAAUCCUCAGGAGUAAUCCUCAGCGUGGUCAGAAUUUUCCCUCUGAGCUUCUGUGACCUCUGACCUUUAUCAUGGCAUCCACAUCUAUCACCACCAUCGGGGGAGUGAUGGUCGUGACUCAGGUCAUUCCCAAGGAUGACGGCUCCAUCCAGCUCCAGAACGCCAGCAGCUCCACUGCACCGGCCUCUCCCCCUGUGAAAAAGACCACACCCAUCCCAGUCAAGAUGGACGACAUAACCGUCGCCUUCAUGCGGGGACAGCCGCACGCUCUCGGGGUCGUUCAGAUCAUGAUCGGGCUGCUGUGCAUCCUGUUCGGUCUGACCGCCAUCUCCUCGUGGGCCAUGAUCGCCUACUCUCCAUUCGCCCUCGGCGCCGCUUUUGUCGUCUCCGGCUCGGUGGCCGUGGCGGCAGGGAGACGCACUUCCAUCUCACUGGUUUGGGGGUCCCUGGUGUCCAACGUGAUAAGCGUCCUGAUUGGCCUGGCCGGUGUGGCCUACACCUGCUGGCUUCUGGCCGAAUGCCCCCCCUCCGAUCGCUUCUGUGACCAACAGAGCUUCAUCGAGUUCAAGGACGUAGAAGGCCUGAGGAGGACAUGCAGCCAAAAUUUUUAUAUGCUGAAUGUGGUUCUUUACGGGCUGCUCGGCCUCUUCCUGGUUCUCCUCGUCCUGCAGACCUGCGUCACCAUCGUCGUCUGUGUUUUCUCUGGCAAAGCCAUCAGGCUCCGCACACCUUCUUCUCUCAGCGUGGCGUCUGAUGAUUGCAGAGGUCUGCUGCCGCCCUACUCGCCCUGAGAGGAGGAAUCAUCUGAGAGCACUUCAGAUGCUGCAGGAGUCUGACUCCGUCUGUCUUUUCUUGCUUUUUUUUACUGAGGUGUCACUGGCAACUGUUGCACAGCAUUCUGGGUAAUUUAGGGGGAAAUCUGCCAUGUUAGUGUAAUCAAACCGUAAUCAUCAUUAUUACUGACAGUCAUUUCAAAUCACGCUCUUGUAUUGUAACGUUAACACUACAAUAAAUUGUUCUUAUGCAGCUAUAAUGCAACAGAGCUGCAUUAUAGUUGCACUUUUCAAAGGGAGGCUGGAAACCCAGCCAAGUUAUGUUUGCAGAUGCCUCUGACGUUUUUGUCUGACCUUCAAUAUGAAUGUGAGGCAGCUGAGCCUCCACAGCCUCCCAGUCUGAUUUCUCUGCAUCAUCUAAGAAUUAAACGCCUGUCACUUACA